AUGGUUCGUCGAAUUGAUGACGCCAUAUGGGCGCGUCGCAUCGACGACGGGGAUAUGCAAGUUGCAUUUGCCCAGUCAAAUCUGGCAGAACGUGCCAAGACUUGGGCACUGGGGCUUAAGCUGCACGACCCAUAUGCGUUUGGGCCGUUGGAAGUCUUCCAAGUCGCGGCUCAGACAAACGUUUGA